CGUCCCCAGGCGGAAGUACAAAACGCCUUUUCAUCUUCCUCCUUCGCUUCCCCUGCUUCUAGUCGAGAGAGAGAGAGAGAUGGCGGGAAAGCAGGUGGCAGGCAACGAAGGCUUCACAUCUCAGCUUGCUGGAAUGUCCAAGAACCAGCUCUACGACGUCAUGUCGCAGAUGAAAACACUGAUAGAGCAGAACCAGCAGCAAGCGAAACAGAUCCUCGUAGAGAACCCGCUCCUCACAAAAGCCCUCUUCCAGGCUCAAAUUAUGCUUGGCAUGGUGCAACCUCCUCAAGUGAUGCCAAACAUUCAGCAAACAUUAUCUCAGCAACCUCAGCAACCUGCACAACCAGGACAACAGCUAAAUGUUCAAGCAGCCCAGUCAUUACCUGUUCAAGCAAGUUCAUCUCAGCCCCAGAUCUCAGCCAGACAGCAACACCCUAACCAGCCCUUCAUUCCGAUCCCACCUGCUUCUGUUCCACCAGCAACCCUUCCUUUGCAGACUGCUCAAUCUCAUUCCCUGCAGUCAGCUCAGCAGGUUAAGGUCCAUUUGAAUUCACAAGCGACCUCAAUAUCUGUUCCACAAUCCUCCCAGAUUCAUAAUCCUCCCCCACUCCCACACCAUUCGACUCUGCAGCCCUCAAUUCUUCAAUCCCAAACGCCUACCCCUUCCAGCCAGGCACAACAAUCUUUACCGCCUGCUGGAAAUAUUCAUCAGCCACUACAACCACCUUUGCCACCACUACCAAGGCCCCCUUCCAUGCAGCCAUUUCCACCCCAAAUUCAUUCACAGAUGGGCCCCAAUCUUGGUUUCCAACCUCCUCAGCAGCUUAUGUCACAGCCUAUGUUUCAUCCAGGUACCAACCCCCAGGUUAGCAUUGGUUCUUCAUUUCCACAAGGACAGCCACCACUACCAAGUCAGCCUCCACCUCAGCAGCUUUAUCAGGUAGGUUCUCAUGUAGGAACCGACUUCAGCAAUCAAACGGGAAGUUCUAUGCAAGUUGACAGAGGAGCUCCAUGGCUGCCUGGCCUGCCAGAGAAUACAUCAGGUGGAACCCAGCUGCCGGGCCCACCACCCUUGCCUCCUAGCCAGAUGGGCUCCACCAUCCAGCCGCCACGCCCUCCUCAGCUGACACCUGAGAUGGAGAAGGCGUUGCUUCAGCAGGUCAUGAGCCUUACACCUGAACAGAUCAAUCUACUCCCGCCUGAGCAGAGGAACCAAGUGCUUCAACUACAGCAGAUGCUUCGCUAGAGACGUAAAAGUGGCCCACUUUCAAGUCAUCAGGCCAUUGUUUUGGGGCCCACCUGAUAAUACGGAGAAAUUCAGGUCUGGAUGAUGCCAUGCAAGACCAGGGCCCACUCAUGUGACAUCGUCAGAACUCGGUGGGGUGGCGGGUCAGUACAUCAGAGGGUGUCGGUGCAGAGAUCAUUGUUUGUUUCGUUGGUUUUGGUGAAUCUCUCCCUCUUUUCCCAUCUCCUGUUGUUUCUACCCCUGGGGUUAUGAAAUAUAGUUUCAUUCUAGUGGACUGUCAGGUAAUAAAAUAUUACCAGUACAUUCAAAAAAAAUAAAA